AUGGGUGAAUAUAAAAGUGCGGCAAAACUGUGGAUUGUUACAGCAUUCCUGUGCUUAAGAUACUAUGAAGCAGCUGCUGCUGAAGCAACAACAGCAGCGAAACCUCUUCAAUACAGUGGAUGGAGACCUAUUAUGAAAUCUGAAGCCCUCAAUACCACCGAAUUUGCUCAAAGGUUUUCACUAUCCGGUAAUGCAACGGAUUCCACCUCUCUCGAAACUCGAAGAAGCUUCAUCCUUGUGUAUCCUCCUCGUGCGUCCAACGGCCAGAUUGAGUCAAAAAAUUCCAGAACUCAACAGCAAAAUCCAACCCGAAACGUAGGACCCCCAUCUGCCCGGACUUACCCGACACAGUCCAGGUAUCAGAGGAUGAUGAACUUAGGUGCUCAAGCUAGUGGUGACAAGAGACAUUCGGGUAAUCAUCCACUUCGUCCGGAAUUUCCACCAGUUGCCAAUCCUCCACCGCUUCCGGAACAUGCUUUGAAGCAAAGGAAACAGGUACCCAAAUUUACACCAGAAUCAACGUCUCGCCAUCAGGUUCAAGUUCAACUGCUCGAUGGAUACUUUGUGCCUCCUCCGACAGGUGGCGUCUCUGAUGUAAUUGGAAAGGAGAAAAGGCCUGAAAUAACUGCAUUUCCUUUAAGUUUAAAUGACGUUCCUGAAAUUCGACUCUUACUACCAGGAGAUGUUCACGCUCAGUUAAAUAACUUGCAGCAAAAUGUAGCACACAUCGGCCCGCAGAUUCUUCCUCAAAAUUAUGCUGUACCAAAUAAACCACAUAACGAACGUCCUAAUCAAUAUAACAGACACCAGAACAAUGGCGGAAGCAAGGUUCCUAGCAAUGUUUUUGAAAGUCAAAGACAACACUCCAACUCCCAGAAAACUGAUGCAAAUAUAGGAAAUAAAAACUAUGAUGAUAGCCGGCAGCAACAGAACCAGCCAAGUAAUCAGAACUACAACAGAAAUAAGCAUCAAGCCGGAUUUUCUCAGCCGGACCCAGCGCCCUAUCCUGAUAAAGUUAUGUUUCCGGGACAAAAUGUCGCAAAUUUUAAUCAACCACAUGCGAUUACCAACCCUAACAAUGAUCAGAGGCACGCUGCAGUCGAUUCAGGCGGCUACCAAGAUGAUCCUAAACUUGAUGCAAGAGCUCCAACACUGACGGACGACAGCACCUUCUUUUCAUCCAGGCCCAGCGUAGCUCAACAAGGAUCAACAACAGGAGAAUUUUCACAGGAAAAGUUAAAUGACAAAAAAGAUUCGAGUGCGUUUGACAAUACUGGAGAGCAAGUUUAUUUCAUUCCCCCCGUGCUAUCUCAGGAUGAUGUACAGAAGAAAAUAGAAGCAUUUGAUCAAACAAUUGAUGAUACAUCUUUAAGUAAAGACACAAACCCAACAAGAAAUGUCGGAGCAGAUAAUUCUGGAAUAAUUCAACAGCAAGGUGGCGUCUCUGAUGUAAUUGGAAAGGAGAAAAGGCCUGAAAUAACUGCAUUUCCUUUAAGUUUAAAUGACGUUCCUGAAAUUCGACUCUUACUACCAGGAGAUGUUCACGCUCAGUUAAAUAACUUGCAGCAAAAUGUAGCACACAUCGGCCCGCAGAUUCUUCCUCAAAAUUAUGCUGUACCAAAUAAACCACAUAACGAACGUCCUAAUCAAUAUAACAGACACCAGAACAAUGGCGGAAGCAAGGUUCCUAGCAAUGUUUUUGAAAGUCAAAGACAACACUCCAACUCCCAGAAAACUGAUGCAAAUAUAGGAAAUAAAAACUAUGAUGAUAGCCGGCAGCAACAGAACCAGCCAAGUAAUCAGAACUACAACAGAAAUAAGCAUCAAGCCGGAUUUUCUCAGCCGGACCCAGCGCCCUAUCCUGAUAAAGUUAUGUUUCCGGGACAAAAUGUCGCAAAUUUUAAUCAACCACAUGCGAUUACCAACCCUAACAAUGAUCAGAGGCACGCUGCAGUCGAUUCAGGCGGCUACCAAGAUGAUCCUAAACUUGAUGCAAGAGCUCCAACACUGACGGACGACAGCACCUUCUUUUCAUCCAGGCCCAGCGUAGCUCAACAAGGAUCAACAACAGGAGAAUUUUCACAGGAAAAGUUAAAUGACAAAAAAGAUUCGAGUGCGUUUGACAAUACUGGAGAGCAAGUUUAUUUCAUUCCCCCCGUGCUAUCUCAGGAUGAUGUACAGAAGAAAAUAGAAGCAUUUGAUCAAACAAUUGAUGAUACAUCUUUAAGUAAAGACACAAACCCAACAAGAAAUGUCGGAGCAGAUAAUUCUGGAAUAAUUCAACAGCAAGAAAUCGAACCGACAGAGAUUGAUGUUGGCGCUGGAGCAACUAGUAGUGGCAGGCAACCACCAGCUAUGAUUGACAGAAUGGGAUUUUGUGACUGUUCGACUAACUGUGCCCCGAUCCAACGAUCUCCAACUGAAAACUUCGGCUCAACAAUCCGAGAAAUAGCCCGCUCGCUAAAUGCAGAAGCAUUUUUCGAAUUUGUCGGAUUAUCGGACGGAGAGAUAGAAGAUUUGCUGGCCGCUGAUGGAGCGUACACUUUGUUUAUCCCAUCGAACGAAGCCGUUUCUCGGCUGCCAUCGAACCUGAUCGACCACUGGCGAGACAACAGACCGGAUUUGACUCUGGCACUGCUCAACCACGUUGUCCAGGACGCCGUUUCUCUUGACCAACUGAAGCAGGGCGGCAGGAUGUCAUCGCGGGCAAAUGAUGCAACUCUUUUCAUCAAUAACUACAAUAACGAAGCUGUCACAGUAAAUGGACAUCGAAUCGUCUACGGUGAUAUCGCUGGCCCCAAAGGAGGUACAAUCCACGUGAUUGAUGGCACUUUAUGUCCGGUGGCCGACAGAGACAUUAUAAAUACAUUGCGAACGUGCAACAAAUAUGAUGGCUUCCUCACACUUGCCGAUGUCACGAAGAUGCUGGACACCAUGCAAGAUGAUGGCCCAUAUACGGUGUUUUUACCCAGUAAUGAAGCUUUGACCAAAAUACCGGCAGAAGAGCUAUCAGUACUGAAGGAAAAUGUAACAGUUCUCAGAGAGUUUCUGGAAUAUCACAUAGUUCAAGGAGCUUAUUUCAGUGGUGACUUAAAAGAUGGACAGUAUUUAACUACACUUCACCAAAAAGAACCUCUUCGAGUUGGAGUCCGUGUAGAUGGCUGCUACAGGCGACUCGUUGACGCGAAUAAUUCUCCUCUUUUCAAGGCAGACAUUCCGACUAAAAAUGGAGUAAUCCACGUAAUUGAUUGGGUGCUUAGGCCUGGAGAUUUGCACUGGUGUGAAGGAGUCAUACUUCCUUGAGCGAGGUCAUGACGUUCUUUCGAAAAUUUUAUACUUCAAGUACUUCUCGCACAUCUUUAGAGACUGUGACAAAAAUGAAACAGUAUUUAUAUUUGAACUUUUGAAUAAUUUCAGUGAACUAUCAGUUAUCUUUUGUAUAUUUUUCUACUUGAUCACGAGUGCCAUCAAUUCAAAUUAACCUUACACGUUAGUUACUUCUUCACUCUUCACAAGAUUGGAUUAUGUAUUUAUGUUUCUCGAGAGUUUAAUGUGCAUUAGGUAUGAAAGUUAUUUUUUCUUUCAGUAAUUUUUUACGGGUAAUAUAUUUUAAAUUCAUGUUAUCUGUAAAAACACUUCUUAAG